AUGAUGUUUUCAGAUGCUUAUGCAGACAGAACCGUUGGAGAGAAAAAACCUAGGACUUCAGUGGAUGAGGGGCCUUCUAUGACAGAAUUAAGUGGCUAUAAUUCUAAGAGGCGGGAGUUUGAAAUUGAAUAUGAUAAUGAUGCCGAGCAAUUACUGGCAGACAUGGAAUUUAAGGAUACAGACACUGAUGCUGAACAUGGACUGAAAUUGCUAGUCUUGCGAAUAUACUCAAAAAGGCUUGAUGAGAGGAAACCGCGGAAGGAUUUUAUACUGGAAAGAAAUUUACUUCAUCCUGACCCUUUAGAGAAAGCCCUCUCACCAGAAGAGAAAGAAAAAUCUAGUAUAUCGAUAACCAUAAUUUUGAAGGAUGCUCGAGCUGCUGGCUGCUGUACAUCUGCUGAGGCUGAAAGAUUUAUUGAGCAGAAGAGAAAGAUGGAAGCUGAAGAAACAGCCCGUGGAGUGAAGGAGAGUUGCCAGGCUGGUCUGAGUGGUAAAUUCCUCCAAAGGGCAAAUAAUCUCAAAGGAGAACUUGAUAGCAGUGCUCAGGGAGGUGUCACAGAUAUAGAUUCUGGUGGCAAGGACUCUUCUUCAACAACUGCAGGACUAGCUAUUUCAAACACCUUAAACAAUUGGGAUGUAACGGUUUUUGUGGGGGCUAAUUUACUCUCUGAAGCUGAAAAACAGCUGUGUGGCGAAAUCAAGAUCCUACCAACACAUUAUCUGAGUCUAUUGGAAGCCAUGUCAAUGGGGAUUUUAAAGGGCAAUAUUACCAAUAAAUCCGAGGCGCAUGGCAUGUUCAACCUUGAUCCAAACAAGGUGGAUAGAGUAUAUGAUAUGCUUGUGAAAAAGGGUAUCACUCAAGCGUGGCAUGCAGCCAGCCUGCAACUUUGUUCGAGAGCUAAUGAGUUGUGGAUUCUAGAAAGGUAA